CCAUGAAAAAUUUUUCAUCAAAAUUGACAGUUUAAGUCUUGAUAAAAAAUUCUUCUAUCACUCCUCAGUUUUCAUACUGCUUAGUGAGCAGCGCUGUGGCGGCCUCACAUAGAUUAUUCUGGAUCUGGAUGGAGAGUAGGAAAGAGAAUUAAGGAGACAAAAUGCAAGCCUGAUAGGGACCCUUCUGCUUUUCUUUCCUGCUUUUCAAAUUGAAAACGAGCAUUUGGAAAUUGGAAACCAUGUUUAGCAACGUCACAAAGUAUAGAAAGACCAUUAUAGUCAAUUUUAGCACGUUUACAAAACUUCACAGUAACAUUAAUUAAACUGAGGCUCUUCUGAUCAUCUCCCUUACUGCGUGUCUGUGUGAAGACUGAAGAGGAGAGAGCGAUAUCAGCUAUGGUGAGGGUUCCUUGCUGCGAGAAGAUGGGGUUGAAAAAAGGGCCAUGGACUCCCGAGGAAGAUCAAAUACUGGUAUCUUUCGUUCAACACUAUGGCCAUGAAAAUUGGAGGGCACUUCCCAAACAGGCUGGCUUAUUAAGGUGCGGAAAGAGUUGCAGACUCCGAUGGACGAAUUACUUGAGGCCCGAUAUUAAGCGGGGAAAUUUUAGCAAAGAAGAAGAAGAAACCAUCAUUAAGCUUCAUCAAAUAAUGGGAAACAGAUGGUCUGCUAUUGCUAAUAGAUUGCCUGGACGAACAGACAAUGAGAUAAAAAAUUACUGGAACACUCACUUGAAAAAGAGGGUUCAUCAGGACGCCGUCGGGCAAAAAGAUUUGCGACAACUACAAACAAAUUUAUGGAGAUCAAAUAGUCAGGGAACACCUGAGUCUGGGGAAGCAUCAAAUCAUCCUGGUUCAGAGGGCAACGGUGAUGUUCAAAACUUUACAGGAAGUAUUCAUGAAAAUUUCUCCAGCUUAGACUACAGUAUAUCUGCACCGGGGCCAGCUAGAGUUCUUGCAGAAACUAAUUUGAAACAAUCGGCCAAAGAUUCUUCCAAGACUAACAAAUAUCUGGGUCCUGCCUCAGACUCAAGGCUUCAGUUUCUAUCCACUGGAGAAUCUAAUAUUGAACCUGGGGAAGAUAGUAUCAAGGAAGACAUGGUUUUCUGGUACAACCUCCUUUUGAUUGCUGGAAAAUCACAGGAGAAAUUUGCACAGAUUGUGUGAUAAACAUUUUUCCUAUUUGUACCUAGGGUAAAAAAUUUUUGACAGUUCAAGUUUCUUGACAUGGUUGCAUAUAAGAAAAAGAAAUAAAGAAUUUGGUUGUGUGGUGUGUACAAUGAGCUUAAUUAAAGGGAAAUAAAAUAUCACCCUUGUAAUUUGAGUUCAUUCUUCAAGCAAGAAAAAUAAUCUUGUAAGCUCUAAUUUCUUGAAACUUUUAAUGCCAAAUUUGAGUUCACUCCUUGUACGCCAAA